UUCUUGUGAAAUCUCAGUGAAACUAAGACUUCCUCAAAACCAGGACUGAGUCUAAAUCUGGGCCGACAAGGACCAGAGCGGCUCUAGACCUGGACUCAGCCUGGUCUCUGGUCUAAGCCCGGUCUGAGCUUGGUCUGGUCUGAACCUGGACUAACCCUGGUCUAAAGGAGGACUCUGAAGAUGCAGCAGAUCCUGGUCUUGGUGCUGGUCCUCGGAGCUGGACUUUCUCAGGAGGUUUCUGGAGUACUUCAGAUCAGUGUGAGUAAUGUCGUCGUCCCUGACCAAUCAGAGCGCACCGUGCUCUCAGGCUCCGCCCUCUCCGUGCGUUGCCUCGGAGACGGGCCUCUGAAGCUGACGAGCUCGUCGUUUAAACUGAUGCACGAUCCCCUCGGUAACAACGUCACUGUGAACCGGGCGCACCCGCGGCACACGGGGACGUACACCUGCUCUGGUCCGGCCAAUCACAGCACGGACCCGCCCACAGCCCCGCCCACCGUCGCCGUGCACAUCUACGUGUCAGACCCGUCAGAUCCGGGUUCGAUGUUCGUGGUGUCGCGGUCUCGCUCCAGCGCGGUGGAGGGGCGGGACUUCCUGCUGCGCUGCCUUCCUACAGACACCAACAUCACCGACUUCUCCGUCCAAUCGGCGGCCGAGGGGCGGGGCCUGCCGCCGGGGAUGACCUUCACCUUCGACCGGCGGCGUGGCGCUCUGGUACACGCCGUCCAGAGGUCCUUCGAGGGCUCGUACCGCUGCAGGGGGCAGAGACUCGGACAGGAAGUGACAUCAGCGCCCAUGGACCUGUGGGUGGAGCACAAGCUGGAGGACCCGCCCUCUGUGUCCGUCUCUCCAAACGCUGUGAUCCGAUUGGUCGGUGAGAGGUUCGAGGUCACAUGUUUCUGCAGCAAUGAGAAUCACUUCUUCAACCUCACCUGGACACGCCCCCCAGGACAGGUCUCGUCGUACUCUGAGUCUGUGACUCAGUCUCACUCUCAGACCGGACUCUUCGUGAACCGGACUCUGGUCCUGUACUCGGUUCAGACCCGAGACUCGGGACUCUUCACCUGCACAGGUGUGAACGAGGCCGGAGUCUCCAUGGCAACCACGCGCCUGGAGGUCAAAGAGCGACCCUUUGUCACAGUUUUCCUCCGCCUCCAAAACGACUCCGCCCUCAUCACCAACAUCACCCACGGCAACAGCAGCGCCGUCGCCGACGGCAACAGCACCAGCACCAAUGGCACCGGCGCGAGGGGAGGGGCCACGGAGGAGGUGGGCGGGGUUACUCGCGUGGAGGUGCCGGAGGGGCGGGACCUGAGUCUGACGUUGCUGUUCGAGGCGUAUCCUCCAAUCAGAACACUCCGCUGGGUCACUCCAGGUCACAUGACCAACAGCAGCCUGAGCACAGACGAGCGGCGCCCCCUGGAGCACAGGGCGGAGCUGAAGCUGCUGUUUGGUCGAGUUCAUCGCCAAGACUCUGGACUUUACUCUGUGAUUUUCUCCAACCGAGUUUUCAGAGGAAACAUCUCCAUCCUCCUCAAAGUGCACUGUGAGUCUGCACCUGUCUACCCUCCGGAGGCUGAGGUCUUGAGGUUGGACUCGGGUCUGGUCUGUCGAGGGUCCGGGUUUCCUCUGCCCUCCCUCACCUGGACCUCCUGCCCCGGACUCACCGACAGGUGUGAGGACGGGGAGCUGAUGGACUCGGAGGGCUCGACUGACGGAGACGUAGAUGAUUCUGAGGACCUGAUUGAAGACACGGAGGAGUCAGUGGAGCGACCUCUGACCCUGCCCUCGUCGCCCGCCGAUGACAUCACUGUGGUGUGCUCAGCCGAGAACCACAUGGGGCAAACGCGACGCCUCCUGCAGCUCCGUGAGCAGUCGUCCCUCUUCCGGCCGCUCCUGAUCGGGUCGUUCUGUGUGGGGGCGGUGCUGCUGCUGCUCCUGGUGGUGGCGCUGUGGAAGUGGAGACAGAAGCCGCGGUUCGAGAUCCGGUGGAAAAUCAUCGACAGUUUUGACGGGAACAGUUACACGUUCGUGGAUCCAUCUCUGCUGCCGUACGACCAGCGCUGGGAGUUCCCCCGAGACCGACUCCGACUCGGAGCCGUUCUCGGGUCCGGAGCUUUCGGCAGAGUUGUGGCGGCGACUGCUUUGGGUCUGAACCCCGACGAAGACCAGAUGACCGUCGCUGUGAAGAUGCUCAAACAUGAUGCUUUGUCUGAGGAGCGAGAGGCUUUAAUGUCGGAGCUGAAGAUCUUGAGUCACAUCGGCUUCCACCAGAACAUCGUGAACCUGCUGGGAGCCUGCACCACCGGAGGUCCCAUGUUGAUGAUCACGGAGUACUGUCGUCACGGCGACCUGCUCAACUUCCUGCGGACCAGGGCGCAUCACUUCCUGUCGGAGCAGGAAGUGCUCUACAGGAACACCAGGCCCCACCUGACCAAGGAGAGGCCGCGCAGCGACAGUGGCAUUUCCUGCGGCUCCGACUACCAGGAGAUGAAGCCCCUGGGACCGAGACCGAGACCGGGACUGGGAUCUGGACCGAGUCUGGAGCCAGUCUCAGACGUUCCUGGCCUCUCGCUCGUGGACCUCAUGAGGUUUUCUCUGGAGGUCGCUCAGGGGCUCGACUUCCUCUCCUCCAAAAACUGCAUUCAUCGGGACGUGGCGGCGAGAAACGUUCUUUUGACCGAACACUGCGUCGCCAAAAUCUGUGACUUCGGUUUGGCCCGAGACAUUUGCAACGACGACAGCUACAUCGUCAAGGGCAACGCGCGUCUCCCGGUGAAGUGGAUGUCUCCAGAGAGUAUCUUCCUCUGUGUUUACACGACUCAGAGCGACGUGUGGUCCUACGGAGUCCUGCUCUGGGAGAUCUACUCUAUGGGUCGUAGUCCGUACCCAAACAUGGCCGUGGACUCUCAGUUCUACAGGAGGAUUAAAGAUGGAGUCCACAUGGAGCGACCGGACUUUGCUCCUGAAGAAAUGUAUGAUCUGAUGAGGUGCUGCUGGGACCUGGAGCCGACUCGACGACCGACCUUUAACGCCAUUGGUCAGAUCAUCUCCGGGCUCCUCCCCUCCUCCAAUCACACGCCGCCUCCUCAGAGCUCGCAGGUGAUUUACUCCAACGUGAAUGAGAAUGAAGACACUACAGACGAAGACAAACCCAACCACACCCAGCACGCCCAGCACGCCCAGCACGCCCAGCACGCCCAGCACGCCCAUGGAGGUUCUGAAGUGAAGCAGGAGGAACCACAGAGGAACAUCUACCAGCUCUCCUGAGUCUCAGACCUGGUUUAGUCCUUGUUCAGACCUGGUUCAGACCUGGUUCAGACCUGGUUUAGUCCUUGUUCAGACCUGGUUCAGACCUGGUUUAGUCCUGUGAUGGUUUCUCUUUGUACCCGUGACCCAGUUUUAUUUGGAUUUGAACAGUAACUAUUUUUGUUGUGAUUGUUUCUUCUGAUUGUAAUAAAUUCACUGUGAACGUUU